AUGCGCAACUUUGCAGCCACGGCCCUGGCGGUCGUCCUCGCCGCAUCGUCGACAUUAUCUCCCGUGUCGGCAUUCUACCUCCCCGGCAGCGCGCCGCACGACUACAAAAAGGGCGACAAGGUUGACGUGUUUGUCAACUCGCUCUCGCCCAUGCUCAAUGCGACCCUCAAGUCGCUCAUCUCGCUCGACUACUAUGACGAGCGCUUCCACUUCUGUCGCCCCGAAGGCGAACCAGUCAAGCAGCCAGAGUCGCUUGGCUCGAUCCUCUUUGGCGACCGUAUCCUGUCCAGUCCGUUCAACAUCAAGAUGCUCGAGAACCAGACCUGUGUCCCGCUGUGCAAGUCCUCGGUCCCCCAGCUCGACGCCGUGUUCAUCAACGCGCGCAUCCGUGAAAACUAUGGUCUCAACUUUAUCAUCGACGGCCUGCCGUCGAGCGAGCAGAAGAGAGACACCAAGACUGGCGAGACGUUCCUCGACGCGCAGGGUUUCUCCCUUGGCGAUGCUACCAAGGACGUGCACCACCCAGAGCUCAACAACCACUACGACAUCUACAUCCAGUACCACAAGCGUGGCACUGAGCAUUUCCGUGUCGUCGGCGUCAUGGUCUACCCCCGGUCCGUCGACUCGAUUGUCAAGAGCGAGACGACGCCAAACUGCUUUGUGAACGCGCCAUACAAGCUGUCCGACUCGCAAACAAACGAGUUCUACUACACGUACACGGUCGAGUUUAUCGAGAGCGAUAUUCCUUGGGGGCUCCGCUGGGACAGCUACCUUCACGUCUUUGACCCCAAGAUCCACUGGUUCUCUCUCAUCAACUCGCUCGUCAUUGUCGGCUUCCUCACCUUCAUGGUCGCCAUGAUCCUCUACCGCACAAUGUCCAAGGAUAUCCACCGCUACAACGCUGUCGACCUUGCCGAGGACGUUCAGGAGGACUAUGGAUGGAAGCUCGUCCACGGCGAGGUGUUCCGUGCCCCCGACCGCCCAAUGCUGCUCUCGGUCAUGGUCGGCAACGGCGCCCAGCUCAUCUGCAUGGUAUCGGUCACCCUCGUGUUUGCGCUGUUCGGCUUCCUUUCGCCCUCAAGCCGUGGAUCGCUUGCAACUGUCCUCUUGGUGUGCUGGACCCUCAUGAGCGGUAUUGCGGGCUACGUCUCUGCGCGCGUUUUCACGACCCUCGGCGGUGAGACCUGGAAGCCCAACCUCAUCCUCACGGCCACGCUGUUCCCUAUUGUGACGUUUACGAUCAUCGGCAUGCUCAACCUGUUCCUUGUCUUUGCCAAGGCAUCCGGCGCCAUGCCGUUCGGCACCAUCCUCGCCAUCCUUCUGCUCUGGUUCCUGCUCUCGCUGCCGCUCGCCGUUGCAGGCUACUUCCUCGGCAUGAAGCACGGUGGCUUCUCGCACCCUGUGCGCGUCAACUCGAUCCCAAGACAGAUCCCGCCCAUCCCGUGGUACCUCCAGCCUGUUCCUGCGGCUAUCAUUGGCGGUAUCCUCCCCUUCGGCGCGGCGUUUGUCGAGCUCUACUUUGUGCUCUCGAGCCUGUUUGGCAACAGAGCUUACUACGCGUUCGGCUUCCUCUUCCUGACAUUCCUCGUCGUCACUCUGACGACGGCCACCGUCAGCAUCCUGUUCGUGUACUUUAUCCUCUGCGCCGAGGAGUACCGCUGGCAGUGGCGCGCGUUCCUCGUGGGCGGCGGCAGUGCCUUCUGGAUGUUUGUGUACGGUGUGUGGUACUGGGCGAGCCGGCUGUCGUUUGGCAACUUCCCUUCCGUGGUGCUCUACUUUGGCUACCUCUUCCUCUUCUCCCUGCUCAACUUCCUGCUUGGCGGAUCGAUUGGUUACAUCUCGACAUACUUUGCCAUCAGGCGGCUGUACCACUCGAUCCGUGUGGACUAG